UGCCUCCAGAACAGAGAGUGUGUAACUGGUUUGGAGAAAGAUCAAGACAAGAUUAUAAGAGACCUGAGAAAUGAAGCCUAAAAUGAAGUACACAACCUCCAAAAUUUCUGCAGCCAAACUGAACAGCUUGGCCAAAAAGUCCCUGGUAAAAUCUUGCAAACUAAGAAAAACCCAAAACAAAGCUGAAGAAAUUUGCCAUGUGUACUAUAUGAAACUGCGCUCUGGCCUGAUAAUAGAAAAGAAGGCUUAUCACUUUAGGAAAGAAAGUACCAAAAGGUGUUCACAAAAAACAGGAACUUUACCUACAUUAUGUGCUUCAUUGAGCACAUACUAUGAUAAAUGUGUUAGGUUUGUUUUGGAGGAUGGAAGUUAUGUGAUCAAUGUUGAAGACUUGGGAAAAGACGAAGAGAAAGACAAGGUAUUAUUGCAUUUCUAUGAGCCUCCAUACUCUUCAAGUGAAUCAGGUGAUGGUGUUGAUGGUAAGAUGUCAAUGGUAAACCUGAGUCCUACAAAAGACACAGAUUUAUGGCUGCAUGCCAACACCAAGAAGCGCUCUGUGGAGCUUCAAAAGGGUAAAAAUCCAUUGCCAGACCAGGCCUUCUUUGUUCUUCAUAAGGACUCCUCUGAAUUUGUUUCAUUUGAGUGUAAGAGCAAUCGUGGAACAUACAUAGGAGUGAAAAAUGAUAGCCUUGCUCUAAUAGAAAGAAAUAGUAUGACAAGUGAGAAUAUCAUGUUUAGGCUCUCUCCUCUAACUGUAAUGUGAUAGGAAGCUGUGGAUUCUGGGUUUGUGAUCCCAAAUGCUAUCAUGGAUAAAAUGAUAAAAGAUAAAGAGAUAAGCAGCAUCGAAGGGGCAAUGCUUAAAAUGCUGUGGAACAUUUUCCUUCUUAUGUGUAAGAAUUAUGUUUUUUUCUGAUACUUUUUGUUUUUAUUCCCCUCUGUUUCACUACAUAUACAAUAAAAAUGUAGGUAUAUUAAAUAGUCAUUAGUAAAGAAACUUAAAACAGUAUAGCCUUUCCUAUACUUGCUCUACUUUUCAUCCAAAAAGAGCUUCUCUUUUAGAGUAGAGAUCUUUGUCGUGAAGUAAGUGCCACAGUUCAAGUGGUGCUGUGGACAGGAAUCCCCUUUUAGAAGACUAUGUCAUUUUCACUGAUUCCAAACAUUGGGUUGAAAUACUAGAGCUACUAGUAAAAAUCCCAAGUGCUGUGUAUAGAUAACUAUUUCUUGCUGAGUACAAAAUACCAAGCAUGUUACAGCUAGAUGCCCUAGGGAACACCGAGAGAAGCCUUGUUUCUGUCAAGAGUUACCACAGAAUAAAUACCUACAUAACUCGGUAGAACGUAUCAAUGUGUGAAGAAACAAGGAUAACUGAGAAAUUAAGAAAAAUAAAUCCAAUGUUUGCAAAGUGAAUUGUGUUACUUC